CCGGCUGGGGGACGCCCGCCGGUCCCGCUCAACAAGUUCCCCUCGGCGGGGACCCGGCCGAGGGGACCCCCGGACAGCGAGCCCCCGCCGCAGCCCAUGAGGGCAGCGGGGGAGCGCGGCGGCUCCGCGGGCGGCUCGGCGGCUCCGCGGCAGAUGCGCCCCGGCGCUCCGGCGCUGACGCCCAGCUCGCCCCGGCGGCUGGAGGGAGAUGCUCGCCCAGACCGCCGCUUCUGCGUGAGCAAGCACAAGGCACCAUGGUGAGUAAGGAGCCCAGCAAAUGCUUACUCACCGCCUCGGACAGCGACGUCGAGCCCGCAGCAUCCCUGGCGCUGGAGAUGAAAUACGCGCUGGAUCCCAACCGGCAGAUCAAGAAACGGAACAAAGCCCUCCAGGUGAGGUUCAAGGAUAUCUGCGAGGCCCAGAACGAGCAGAGGGACAAGCAGCUCUCCACCUCCUCCACGCAGGACCCCGACAAGAGGGAGGCCAAGGCCAUCUCCUACAAGACGGCCUACCGCAAGUACAUGACGGUGCCCGCCCGCAGGUCCAUCCCCAACGUCACCAAGAGCACAGGAGUCCAGACUUCCCCUGAUCUCAAAAAGUGCUACCAGACCUUCCCUCUGGACAGGAAAAAAGGGAAUAUUCUGAAAAGCGCCUCGACCGUGGACACGUUACCGAGCGAGAACAACGGGUUCCUGGUGGAGGUGAAGGACAGGGAGGGCCAGGCCAGGAAGGCCGGCAGCCUGCAGACGGCCGAGUUCAUCUCCCACAUCUCCGAGCGCGCCGCGCACGACGACGGCGCCGAGGCCUGGAAAAGCAGCGAUUUGCACAGUUCUCCCAAAGAGCCUCCUCUGCCCAACGUGGCCGAGCCCGGCGAGGAGGAGCCGGCGCGGCCGCCCGGCCGGGGCAGAGCGGCGGCGGCGCGGCUGGGGAGCGACGAGGCCGCCCAGCCCCUCCACGGCAGGGUGUUCAAAACCGAAGUGGCCGCCGUUUACCUGCCGGCCUCGCAGCCCGACCUGCCCGGCCUGGGCGACUGGGGGCUGAGCCCCGAGGAGGACGACAAGAGGACGGUGCAGCUGAACGGGGUGCAGCCCCCGGCCGGAGAUGCCCGAGCGUGCGCGGCGCGGGCGCAGUGCCCGGCCCCCGAAUGUAGUGACCAGAGCCUGCAGGUGAACGUGGCGCCCGCGGACGAGAGCCAGCCCUGCCGCACGGCCGUGGCCGUGAGCCAGGAGUGCCAACAAAUCGUGCCUCACACCGAAGUUGUGGACUUGAAAGCGCAGCUUCAGAUGAUGGAGAACCUGAUCAGCUCUAGUCAGGAGACCAUCAAAGUGUUGUUGGGUGUUAUACAGGAGCUAGAGAAGGGAGAAGCUCACAGGGAAGGGCUUUCCUAUCGGACUGGUCAGGACACGGCCAAUUGUGACACAUGCAGGAACAGUGCAUGUAUUAUCUACAGCGUGGAAUUGGAUUUUAAACAGCAAGAAGAUAAACUACAGCCAGUUUUGAGAAAACUUCAUCCUAUUGAGGAAACUCAGGUUGCACCUUUGCCUUAUUCUCAGGAGAGCUACUCCUCUACUCCCAAGCAAAAAUCCAAAACUGAAUCAAAAAAGCAUGGAAGAUGGAAACUCUGGUUCCUUUAACCCAAGUCCAUGAGGUGUGGAGUUCAAGGCCUUCUUUGACAAAUCUUUGGAGCUCUGUCCAUCAUCUCUGAGGGGCUCUGGUGGCAGGAGCGUCCUGGCCCAGGGCGGCGCAGUUCUCACCGCGGGCACCCAAAGGCCUCCGGAGCCAGGGACUCGUGCCCAGGAGCACGGGCUUGGGAACCCCCUGCCCACCUCCACCUUGCCAAUGUGGGAUGUAAAACCUGAAUGGGAAUGUGGACAAAGAUGGGAAGUAAAACUGUUCCCCCCCGUCAGAUCGGAAAGCUCCGACCCGCUGAAGCGCGACCCUGCUCCCCCAGGAAUGCUCCAAGCCUGCUGGGGUCUGGGCUGUUGUCUCUGGACAACAAGCAGGGGGAAAAACAAGCAGCAAGCCUUAUGUGUGCAGUGGUGUUGAGUUUUACAGCUCCAUGUUGAUCGGGGAGUGCAGUUUUCAGCACAGAAUUCCUGGACAAAGCACAAUUUUUGCCGCGGCCCGCGGCCGUCUCCGAGAUGUGACUGUGGUGUGUUCUCUGCCUUCAUGCGACGUGGACUCCAACCCAGCUCUCACAUUUUAUCAUCUCUGGUUUAGCUGUGUCCUCACCACCAGAAGAACCACUGAGCCCCAGCCAAAAACCUCCCAAAAAUCCAGCCCAGCCUUGGAGCAGCUCCAGCUCACAGGGUCCAGGCCAUGGGACGACCCCUCAGUGUCACCUUGGAAAGGUCUCAACACACAGGAACAAAAAACCUCACCCCAAAAUAGCUCCAGCCCACUCUGGAUUGUUGGCAUUUGCCAUGGUUAGUAUUUUUUUGGUAACAGUCUUUGGAAAACCUCUCCACCACUGCAGAAGGCAGCGGGAGAUGUCGAGGCUGCAGCACUGCUUGGAAGGAGCUGAAAUUGGAAAUGCUAUUUAUUUAUUUAUUUAUUAAGCUUCUCAAAUGGGUUUCCCAGCUUAUUAUGAUUUAUAUCUCAAUCUGUUAAUUGUACACAUAAAUUAAAACACUUAAGGGAGAGAUGGGAAUCAGAUUUUUCCUAAUUGGGUUUGGGGUUUUUUUUUGAAAUGGCACUUAAAAUUUUGCUCUGACUUAUAAACUGCAACUUUUCCUUUAAGUAUUUGCUACUGUCAUUAAACUUGCAUCUAAAAUGAUCAUUGGUGGAAAAAAUUCCUCAUGCUAGAAGUGGCUAGAGAGUGGGAAUCUUGUCUUUUGUUUUGGUUUGGGAUUUUUCCCUGAGGAUUUCAGAUAAUUUGAGUGUCAUGUGCCAAACUGGGUUGGAAAUUGCAUCCCCUGUAGCAGCAGGAAGGUACAGAUGUUUCAGCCUUUGGGUGCAUUGAUUUGCACAGACUAAAAAAGUGGAGAACUGUUUUUUCUUUUACACUGUUUCUCCUCUUAGCUCAGCAUCCAAUUUAUUCCCAAGAGAAAACUGGAGGAAAACAACUUUAUUUUUUUUCCCCCCAAAGAACAAGAAAAGCAAGUUAAAAUGGAAAUAGAAAUGCAGAAGAUGCCAGGGUCAGCUCAAUAUUUGCAGUAAACCUUCAAGAGGGCUAUGAGCUCUUGCACAGCAGCAAAUCCUGAAAUGCUGUGGUGGGAGCUGAAGGAGGAAGAAGGUGAUCCUGGACAGCAGGAAGGAAGUGCCAUUGUUUCAUGUGGAAAAACCCUGUUUCAUGUAUUUUAUAGUGUUUUUAACUAAAAUAUAGAACUGUUUACAAGGCAGCCCACGUGUCAUGGCUUAGAAUACUUCCCAAUAAAUAAAUAAAUAUUUUAUUUUCCCUAAGCAGAAAGGAAUCUCAAAAAUGGGCAGAACAAAGAAAAUGCAGUAGUAUUCAUGAUUAACAUAACAUUAAUAACUAAUGCACUCCUCCAUGCUAACAGGCCUAGUGUUUUUGGGGUUUUUUAAAGAAAUUAAACCAAGCAUCUCUCCCUGGCACUGAGUUCCCAAAUCUGGUUGAGGUUCCUGAGUGAUCCAGAGCUCCUGGACCACAGGAAAAGAGGGAGGAGACAAAGCUGGAGAAACCAAGAGCUCAAAGGGAAAGUUCUCACGGCGUGUUCUCUACAUGUCCAGGCUAUUUUCUUAACAAGUUGCAAAUUUUUAAUUUUUUACAUUUUUUUAAACCUGGGGAAAGCUGACAUUACCAUAGAGUCUUGCUUCCAACUGACAUCUCGUGUUCUCUGCUCCCCUCCGAUGUACUUUGUAAUAAAAUGUUUUUGCAAGUGUGUAAAAUGUAUCAUAAUUGUAUUGCCUUUAGAAUCACUCAGGCUCAGGUUAGAUAGACACCAAGAGAAAAAAAAAAACUUAAUUCUUUAGAGCUUUUAGUUCAAUGUGACAGAGCUAUUUUCACCCUCAUGUAGAAGAUCUUGGAGGUUCUAAUGAGGAAAAAAUGUGUUUUUAUUUUCAGUGUGGCUUUGCUGGAUUCACUGGCAGUUCCCUGCACUUCAUACAUUGAUUUUCUAGCUGCACUUCUCCCAUCUCCUGCUUCAAAAUACUUUUUAGCCAAUAAAUACUGCAGUGAUUUUA